AUUAUUCAUUUUAGUCUCAUUUGCUCACAAUUUUUUCAUUAUUGUGCGUCCCGUCUUAAUAAAUAAUUUUCAUUUGUACGAUUUUCUAUUCAGUAUAAUGGCUGGUGAAGUUAUUGUUGAUGCCUUGCCUUACAUCGAUCAAGGUUAUGAUGAUCCUGGUGUGAGAGAAGCGGUGUUAUCUAUGGUAGAAGAAGAAACUCGUCGAUAUCGACCGACUAAGAACUAUCUUGAACAUCUGCCACCUUUGAAUUUGCAUGCAUUUGAAACUGAAGUCAUUAAAACUGAAUUUGAAAGAUUACAAGCAAGAUUACCAAUGGAUGUAUUGAGUAUGAAAAGGUAUGAACUGCCUCAACCUCCUGCUGGGAAAAUGACUGAUUUGGCAGCUUGGACAGAAUGCGUAGAUAAUUCAAUGGCACAACUGGAACAUCAGGCGACUCGAAUAUGUAAUUUAGAAUUAAUGAGCAUCUAUGGUUGUGAAACAUGGAAAUCAUGUAAUGGUGUUUUAGUUCAGAUGGUGAAUCAGGCUCAGAAGCAACUCCAAGACUUAAGGAAGAAAAUAAUGGAUGUCAACUGGAAAAGGAAGAAUGCUCAAAAUAGUGCUGGCGAAAAAUUAAAGGAUCUCGAAUCAAGUUGGGUAGGUUUAGUGAGUAAGAAUUACGAAAUUGAAAGAGCCUGUGCUGAAAUAGAAAAAGAAAUCACUGUUUUGGAACAGAAGCUGAGUAAAAGAAAAAUGACUGGUUGAAAAAAAUAUUUUUAAGCCUACACCUUGAGAUAAUUUUGUAAGUCAUCUGUAAUUAUGAAUGCCAUACUUGUAUAAAAUUUUGAAUAAAUAUUCAUAAUAAAAUA